CCUAGGUACCUACUAGUUAACUACAUGUAGUACGAAUUGUACGCCGCAUCUUUAACAGUGCGAUAUCAAUUUCUCAAUUGCAACCUUGGAAUCUUCAAGGAAUCUUCAAUGCAAUUCUUCACCAGAGCCGCCUUUUAUACCUCCACCUCCCUUACCUAGGUACCUACCUAUAAGAGCCGCAACCUCCUAAUUCGAGGUGGAUUAAUUGCCUCGUCUAGUCUAUAUUCUCAAUAUACCGUGUUUAUGGUAAUCCUCGAGUCCAGAUUUCCUUUUCCCCUGCCUCUUUAUUCUUCCGCGUCAAGGGCCAUGUUAGGUACUUACACCUAGAUACCCAAGUCUCCCCGCCAGGCCUCGUGUUCUCGCUGCUUUUAAUGAGUAGUGAACCAUCUGCUCCCGAUGCCCCCCAAGGCGCACCUGCUAUGACCAAUAGUUUAUCUAGCCAUAAGCGGUCACGCCAUUACGGUGAGCAGCUGAAGGGUUUAUCUUCCUCUGACGAUGAGAAUGAUCAUAAGUCGACGUCGUCGCCUACUUCCAAGAAACAAAAAAUAAAUCACUCCGAUGAUGAAGACGAUUCAAGCUUAGAUGACGGCGAGAUAGUAGAGUCGAGUCCUGCUCCUGAUUCUGCUCCUAGCCCUUUCUUUACUGCACCUACUCUACUUCAGCAGGUACCUGAUCAAAGCACUUCUCUAAGCGUUGAGAAGAAGGACUCGAAAGGACUUGUGUCUGAUACUGCUACACGCGAGCCGUCUGAGGACGGUGAAAUUAGUAGCGCUGUAACUCCAUCACAGGGUCCUGAUCAUCCAGAUGAGCCUUCUGUCAUCCUCGACAAGCCCCAAGUUGAAACCCCACAGCAUUCAAGCCGGAACCAGGGAAUCACUGUAGGAGCAAGGACAUCAUUCAAGAAACCAGCCACGCAGCUAUUUCCUUCAGCUCCUUCACACGAAGCUCGCCAAGAUGGGGACGAAGGCGAAAAGCCGGAAGAACCCGAAACGCAGUCUGAACUUUCCUUCACUUCAAAAAACGGCUUAGUAUGGAAAUAUCCUCAAAUGGAGAUUCGCCUCGCUGAAUGUGAUUCGACGCCUGCUUUUUGGGUUGAGACCUUUCGGAACUGGGUGGCUGCAUUGCUACGGGCGAAUGCCGAAUCGGCCGAUAGCCUAACCCCCAGGGCUGCCCGACAUGGGUUCAACGAACACAUGAUGCGUCACAAAAUUGGGCUUCUGCAAGGCGCCAAGAAGGAGCAGAAACGUGCCAGAAGCAUGGCCAAAAAGGCUAUACUCGACUCUAACUUUAUGGAAGCAGUUUUGAAAGAACAAGCUGAAUUUCGAGGGAAACAAACUAAGGUAACAGAGAAGUUGACAAAAGGUGAUAUUCCCUUACCUGUCGAGUCUAGCCGCGGAGAACCUAUGCAAGAAGUCGCAGCACUAGGUCGUAACGACCAUUUGCAAGAGAAUGAGGUCGAUAGUGAGGAGGAGCUAGAACGACAAAAGAAAUACUUUCCAGGAGCAGAAGAUCCGUCUCGACACUGUCUAUCUUGCUCCGCAGUCGGACACCGUGCUCGUGAUUGUCCACUGAAGCGCUGUAAGUUCUGCGGAAGUCAAGACCAUAGCCUAUUUGGGUGUCCCACAAGGCAGAGAUGUUCUAAAUGCCAUCAAUUGGGGCAUAACAGCUCAACUUGUGUAGAGAAGCUUGCUCUGUCACGUGACGAGCGAGGCGGUUGUGCGUUCUGUGAUGCUGAUCACGCCGAAGAACAAUGUCCUGAGAUAUGGAGGAGCUUCGUUCCGUCCGCAGAAAACAUCAAGAAAGUCAAGGAUAUUCCGGCUUACUGUUACACCUGUGGUGGUGAAGGUCAUUAUGGACCGGAGUGUGGUCUCCCAGACAGAGGUAGGAAAGUGUCAGGAUACACAACUUGGUCGCAGGAGAAUCGCCUGCGCUACAUCGAUCCCAAUUCAGAGAACACCGCCAUUGCCUGGGUCGGUCUGAACACUACUCAGUCAGAGCAAGCAAACUUCCACAUUCGCGGUCGGGCUAAAAAGCAGGUUCACACCCACUUCGUCUCCGACGACUCGGAAGAGGAUCUCAUUCAUGAGCCUAUCAGAAAGUCAGAGCAUGCAGGUGAAAUUCGCAUCUCGAGUAACAUCGGUGCUCUCGGACGAGGUGGCCGGUUCCGCAAUUCAGACCAGCCCCCGCCUCCUCGUCCAUCUGCACAUGGCAGCAACAGAGGGUCAACAUGGCAGCCUCCUCUUCCACCCGGCCCACCACCGAACUCGGGGAACAGAUCUCGGGGUUCACUCCUAUCUGCCCCGCCCGGUGGCCUCCCUCCGCGCCCCCAGCCCUCCUCCCAUCAGGGAUCUAACCGAGGCGGCCAUAACAGUCGAGGUCGAGGAGCCGGCCGAGGUGGUGGUGGAGGUGGUGGUGGUGGUCGCGGAAGAGGCAUGCGUCGACCGAAAUAAACCUAUAUGCCUUGCAUACCUACAUACCUACAUACCUAGACAGAAGUCAAGUGAGAGUAUGAAUUCCUCUCACCUCUCUACUUUAUGACUUCCGAGCACCCCGAUCUCUCGGCCCUUCAUCCAUAUAGAUGGAGUUAGAGAGCUAUGGGGAAACCCCCCCACCACCUGCAAAUAAGAGAAGAGCCUUGUCAUGCCACUGGCUAGUAAUGUCGAUACGAGUGACGCCGGGCAAGGAUCCAUGGAUUAGACUAGAGAUUAAAUACGAAGUGCAUUCUAUCAUACCUAUCCUACGUUCAUAUGCUUGUGUAUAACUAACAUGUAUGCAUAGGUACCGUGAUAUCAACUCUUGGGAGUUAUGAUUCGUGAUUGCUAACUACCAGCCUAAUCUAAUCUGUCUUUAACUCCUAUAGCUGUAACUCACGAACUAGGCACAUGAUAUCUCGUAGUUAUUACCCAAGUAGGUACCUAGUAUUAAGUAGGC